AUGUCAGAUCCUUUCGAUGUCAUUCCUUUCGAGGAUAUCAAAGGAGACUGGAAGAAAUUGGGUGCUGGAUCAUUCGGAAACGUCUACAAGGGAUCCUACCUCGGCAUUGAUGUUGCGAUCAAGGAGGUACUUCCUUCCACUGAAUAUGACGUCGCCAAAUAUUUUGAGCGAGAGUGGAGGCUGCUCAAGGAAUCGCGCCACCCUAAUGUCGUUCUCUACCUUGGUCUCUCGCGUGCGCCUGAUCCAGAUGGACGUAUCUUCAUAAUCUCUGAGUUUAUCGAAAACGGAAAUCUGCGCAUGUAUAUCCAUGACAAGCACAAGCCCUUUCCCUGGCGUCUCCGCAUCUCUUUCGCAACAGACAUAGCCCGUGCACUUGCAUAUCUUCACGCUCGUAAAUGCAUCCACCGCGAUCUCAAGGGAGAGAAUCUUCUCGUUACUGCCAAUGGACGCCUGAAGAUAACCGACUUCGGAUUCGCUCGCAUUGCAGCACGAAAUGCGGAGGAAAGCCGACGCCUCACAUUUUGUGGCACGGAUGCAUACAUGUCUCCAGAGAUUCUACUAGGCAACGAAUUUGACCUCCCUACGGAUAUAUUCUCCCUGGGAGUCAUCUUGGCCGAGAUUGCAGCCCGCCGCCUUGCAGACGACCAUCACUUCAAGCGCGCGGCACCCUCAUUUACUCUUGAUCCAGAUGAGAUCCGCUCUCUCAUUAGUCCAGGGUGUUCUUCAGCCUUUGUUCAGCUCAUCCUCGACUGUCUGGAUGAGAAUCCUGUCUCUCGACCCACGACUCGCGAUAUUCUUGAACGGCUGCGCGAAAUUGAGGCCGAGGUACUCGCGCGCCCUAAUGAGGCUGACGAUGUUCACACUGGCAGCAUCAAGUUUAUGUCUGGGAACAGACGUCCUAGUGUCGCUCCGCGUAUCCCUAGCUUCGGCGUGGGCAUCGCGCGCGAUAUUCGGCUUGGGCAUCUGGACGAUGGACUGCACCUCAGUGAAGAGGACAGCGAUGAUGAACUGGCGACCGCUAUUCGAGGCCUUAAAGAUGUUACUAUUGAUGAAGGAUAUGGAUCUACUAUUAGUACGUAUGCUCUUACAAGUACACAACCCCUCAUCAAUACCACCUCUAUCUCGUACUCUGAGUACAGCACGACCGUCAUCCGAUCUCACCCAACGCAAAGCAUCUACACAAUGGCACCUUCGUUGUCAUCUAUUCUCACCGUUCGUCCUUCCGAGGAUGGCGGCUCUGUUACCGAGCCUCCCCUUCUGAAUUCAGAAUCUGAACCCGAACCCCCGUCGUUCGAUUCCACUAUUUCCAUGGAUUCUUAUUAUACAGCUCCGUCUGUAGGACCCUCUAUCGCUGCGGCAACCGAGGGUGGUUCAACGAUUCGUCCACUGACGCCCGCACCCGUCCACCGCUUUACGCUCAUCAAACCUGGUGCGAAGCGACGUAGCGAAAACAAUCCGCAGGCUGCGGCUGCUGAGGCGGGAUGGGGCCCACUGGACUUCUUUUUCUCGAGCGGACUACUAGGUGGUGCAAAAUGUGAUAUAUGUAUGAAACGACUGGGGCGCAAGCCCGUUCUAGAAUGCGACGACUGUGGUCUGAAGACUCAUAUAGCUUGCGGGGAAGUUGCCCCUCGCGAUUGCGGCUUGCGUCCAACGCGGCCUCAGCAACCUUCUCCACCCAUCACGCCCUUAUCCAAAUCCACAUCGAAGAGCGGCUCGCCCUUCUCUAUGAAAUGA